CUUAAUGUGUUAAUACGACCACCACAUGGACAUUAUUAUUCCACUUCAUAUUGGCAUACAUACACUUAGAGUUUACCUCCCAACUUUAAACAUAGACUCGUCUUUUUUAUUCCUUAAGAAAUCUUAGUGAUAAAUACGGUAUCCUGUUUGGUUACGAAAGCAUUGUGUCAUGUGGCUCAAUGCGAGAUUCCCACAUACUGAUUGCUGUUCAAUAUAUACAAGUCUAUUAAUUACCUGUAAGCCCUGGCACGGUUGACGGGGUAGAAUUUGGCUCAGUACACAAACACAGGCGGCAUGUUGAUAGGAGCGGGUGACACUCUAUCUAUGUAGACAGGAGUUAACUGUCCGACAACUAUGGAAUUACAACGAAUGGACAGUAUAUCUCUAAAAGAAGAAUAUCUUCUCAAAAUUUGGGAUGAUUAUGUACUGGAAAACAUCGUGGAGGCCAAUUCGUGUCAGAUGGCUAUAUUUGAUCGUCGGACUAAGAGAAGGAUAAUCGGAACGGAAAGUUUCAAAAUCCAAGCAUGUGAGCUGAGCCACAUCGCAGAAGGAGUGCUCUACCCCGAUUUGGUAUACAGAAAUGGCAUUACAGCCUGUGGUCGACAUUACGACGUUCAACUGGCGGAUGGCAAACAAGGUAUCUACGCCCGGGCAGAAGAAUACGGCUGCACCGUGUGUCGGACUCAAUCCUUACUCAUUAUUUGUAUCAAUGACUCCCGGGCAGUGGCGUCGGAGUGUAACGAACAGGUGAUGAAGCUGGGAGAUUUCCUGUACCAGGCUGGGAUGUAGAGGGACUGUGAGGAUUGGACGACAAGAAGAAACAUCAUCUUACUUGGGCGAAUGUAGCCAAAAAGUUAUCGUCAUACCUGAAUAAUGACUGUCUUUUAUUUCACUCUGGCGACCUGGAUACAUUGCUACCAUUUGUUCCACUACGGAGACCAUUCAGAAAACAAUUUCCAUUUUCAUAAUAAGAUCUCCAAACCACAGAACUAUGGGAUUUCCCUAACGUUCCAAGCUUUGUGACAUAUUGUGAUUUCAAAGAAGAUUCAGCGAAUAGGGGAAAGUAUUUUAACUUAGAUCAAUCAUUUCACUUAUGAUAUGAUUGCAGCUGGAAAACACUAUAUUUACGUACAGUAUGUUGGUAAAACAGCGUUUUACAUAGUAUUUUAUUGUGAGUUUUUUAGUCUGAAACAAUUCGUCAUAUCGCACUUACCUAAUAUUAUUUUAUGUUAUGUUUUACUUUUUAUGUAAUAGGCCUCAGUAUGCAAAACAGUCAUAGAAACUUUACGCUUAGUGUAAGCAUAAAAAUACAGACUACACAACUAGGUGGCACAUUUUUAGAUGGUAAUAUAGAUAUUAUAUAUAAACGUAUGUCGUUGAAUGGUUUGGUUGGUAAACGAGUGUCCUGCCACGUUAGUUACGUACAUGUCUGAUCAAUAUAUAGAUUUAAAGUUUUGUGUAACCGGUGCUUAUCCAAUGUUCGGUUUUUGUGUUCGUUUCAAAAGAAUUUCCGUGCCCGUAAAACGGGUGUAUUAGCUGUCGUAUUGUGGUUUUGUUAGAGGCUUACACACACAUAUAUAGUAUUUGUAUUAGUUCUAAAUAGCUAAAAGUAAAACGAGUGUGGAAAACAGGUUUAGGUAGGCUCUACUUGAAUACCGUUACGUAUUGAAAAUUUGAGAAUAUUUUAUUGCCAUCAGUAUUGAUUGGGGUCUAUUGAGGUGGCGAGCCUCUGGAGGUGUUGAAUGGAGGAUCUGAACCAUAGAGGUGGUUAUUCAGUCUAUUGACGGGGUGUAUAUCUACCGAAAAUGUCCCUAUAAAUCAAAAUAGCCUGGGAACUAGGUUUUAGCAAUUGGAUCACACUGGCUUAAAGUAAAUACUAUAGCCUACUAGUUUAAUAUACACACACCACAUGUUGAUAGAGUUAUCGCGUCUUGUGAGGAAAAGAGAAGCUACACAGAGCGGUGUCAACAAUGUCUGCUCGCAAUAUAUAUUUAAUUUUAUAUCUGCUCAUUAAAGUGGAUCCUUGGAAUCUACGAGUUCCCUUAUACUGUGUUAUCUAUUCUUCAGGAACAUGUCAUCAUAGAAUUGAAGAUAGGGUUUGUUUAGCGUGCAAACAAAUACCGAACCCUUCAUACAGGAAUCUGACAGUGUCAUGACGAGAAAAAUUAUCUGGUUUACUCUGAGUGUAGUUUUACAGGUGAUGCCCUAGCAAUAUAAUAUGUGUUAUAUUCAUAUCGAUAUAUAGAUGAUAUUGAAUAUAUUAUAUGAGUAUGACAGAGCAUUGAUAUUUUUCAUAUCAUGUGAACAAAUGUAAUAAAUAGAUGUAUAUGCUUUAUAUUCUAGAACCAAUCUAAAUGCAAAUUGUGAGCCUUAAGUUUCUUCAUGAUGUAUUCAUAUUGUAAUAUGUAUUAUAUGUACGUCAUGGACGCGAUUAUGAUGUAGUAUUCGUGAUACGAUAAAGCCUUGAUUCGUUCCGUCUCAAGAGGUUUGAUUAUUUUUUUCAUAUUUGGAAUUUCUAUGACUUGGGGAAUCUUUUUCAACACUUAAAACAUUAGAAAAAAUACAUUUAAAGGCUUCCUUUGAAAAACGACUCAUUUUAAACAAUACAUGUAUAUAAUCAUGUAUUUUAAACUAUACUCACUUUCGUGAACCAAUUCACAAUUGUUUUAAGUAAAAGCUUUGCAAGUACUCUUUGUCUAAAGUCUAUGACAGUGAUAGGGACAAUUUUGCAUAAAAAUGAAUGUCCCUGAAAGCACUGCCUUGAAAGUAGGUACAGGAUAAGAGGUGGCUGGAAUAACUAGGUAUUAUGGCUCAAAUGUUUUAGAUUAUGCACGAUUUUCUAAUACAUAAUAUGUGUUAAAUCAUUUAGCGAUUUUAUUCAUGAAAAAGCAGUAUUAAGUUGAUUUAUUUAUUGCAUUGAUUUAUUUGUUAGAAAUGAAUAAAGUAAUGUUCGAUAUUA